AUGCAAGGGAUAGAAAUUCAAAAUUUGAUACAAAUAUUCAAAACUUGACCACAGUUUUGAAUAAAAAGAAAGAUCUUGAUAAGGAUAAAAAAAACCUAAUUAAAUUAAAAUCCUUUCUUUGGCCCAAUUUUCGAUUAGAAGAUUUAGCUUGUAUGAAAAGCUAUUGGUUUAAUACGACUAACGAAAAUCAUUUCAGUAUGAUAAGAAUACACAUGUAUACGCGAUUUCAAAUGCAUUAAUGGUAGAUCCUUUUUACUAUAUCUUGACUAUAUAUAUAUAAUAUUAAGUUACGGUAUAUGAAAAAUAUAUAAUAUAAGUUACGGUAUAUGAAAACAAUUGGAUGCACAAAUGUGAGGUAUUGCUUUAAAUUAAAUCUUUAUACAUGAGAUUCAUUGAAUUAAUGAUAUAGAUACCACUCAGAGCGGAUCCAUAAAUAAAUUUUUAAAAUCCUCCUUUUUUAGAUCGAAAUUAAAACUUUUAAUUUAUAAAAUUAAGAAUUAAGAAGUUGAUAAUUAAAUUCGGAUCCUUGUACAAAAAAACUACCAUUAUUAUUACUGAUCAGUAAAAUUCAUAUCUUUCAAUUCAUAUUAAAAAGGGAAGGAUUUCUUUUUAUGAUAAAAAAUACAUUCAUUUCAUUUCAAGAAAAA